AUGGAAGGUAAAAUGGAUAAUAAAAAUGGUAAGAGAAUAAGCAUCGAUCGUUACAGUCCGAUGUUGACAAACAAUCAAAAAAUUUGGUUGCUUUAUCUUUUACCCACCGCGUUUUGUUGUCUCGUUUACAUAUCCGAUAUUGCAACGGAUAUUGCAUUGGUCGAAAGACAUUUUGCCGAAGAAAGAUGGUUUUCCGGUGUGCUCACAAUAACGCUCAUAUAUACACCACCGUUUGUCUAUUUUAUAUUGACGCUCAUCAAUCCGAACAAAUGGCCGGAACCGAAUAAAAACACAACGAAAAAAGUUUAUUGGAUAUUCAAACAAGUUUUGCUCCUCGUUUUUUUUCCCAUACACGCCAUGAGAAGAUUUGCUGGAAAAUUGUUUUGGAGUACGGAAGCAUUACUUUCGACUGACGUUGAAAAAGAAGAAGCUUUGACAGAAGCUUCAAAACCCUCACCGGCAGAAUUAUAUCUUUUGCUCCAAGCUUUUUUUCAAGCUGCUCCUCAAGCUUUAUUUCAAACUUAUAUUUUGGCUUCUCAUAAAAUUCCACACGAAAGAACAGGUGUUAUACAAUUUUUAGGAAUCAUGACGUCGAUAGCAUCCGUGGCGAUAGCAGCUUGCUUAUACAUGAGAUUUGAAAGUCAACGAUUGGCCGGAAGAAAAACUCCGUGGUCAUUAAAAAAUGAAGAAUCGGAAAAAUCCGGAUUAAAAUCCAAAAUUUCUUUAAUGACGACCAUCGAAAGUCAAAUAACCGCCGAUACGAUUGCUGAUAAUUCGCCGACGGUGGAAGAAACGGAAGAAAAAAUAAAACCGGAAUCUCCAAAACAACCGCAAUUGCCAAAAGGAGUUCCACAAUCGGCAAUUCUUUCAUUGCCACCCCUACCACCACAAAUCCGUGCGAGACUCAUAAAAGCAAGCGGAGAUGAAUUACCCGAAGAUUUACAAAAAGAUUACGACGACAAUUUAGACGGUGAACCACUCAACAUAAGGACGAGCAUUUAUGGUUUCGAAGCUAAAUCACCACUCAAAGAACGGCAAUCACUGGAGGAACAACCGUUCGAUUCGGAGCAACCAAAUUCGUUAUCACCCGCUAAAUCAUUGCCGGACGUACCACCUCCACCUCUACCUUAUCCGUUGGACAUUCCAAACGACGAUGAAAUAUCCGAAAAAUACAAUAACGAUUCUGAUGACAAACCGGAAGACCAAUCCCUCAUGGACCAAUCGAAUUUAAUAGAAAGUAAAAUUGUUACUGCGAGCCCGUCUGCCGAACAAUCGCCGACAAUAGAAAAACCAAUCGAAGAACAUUUAUCGCGAGAGCCAUUAAUAGACGACAUGUCGACUCCCGAACACGUCAAGGGUGGUAACACAUCCGUUAAAAAUUUUCAACCUAUACCAUUACCCACGAGAAAAUGGAAAAUCCAAGGUUUGGUUGAAGAUGAUUUCUUGGGAAAGCUCAUCGGUUUCAUUUGGUGGUUUCUUUACAUAACAGCUCGCGUGCUGUCUCUCGCGACUCUUGCGUUCUUUUAUCCAUGGGUCUUUGGAGCAUUGAUAUUCUUUCACUAUUUCGCUAUGGUUGGAUAUUUGAUCAAUUGUGCAAAAGCCCAAAAAUCAUCUCUCACGUUUUUACAUCUCGGUUUAGGUUUCGUUUAUUUACUUUGUUUCGUUGAAAUUCGUACGAGAUUUCAAAAUCCGAACGUUUUCACGCUUUCCUUCGUCAUUGUCGGCCUCGUUGAAAACACUCUCUCGAGUGCCGCGUGGUAUUUUUUUGCAGAAUGGAGUAGUUGGUGGUUUCUUUAUGCUUUUUUCUUCAUAAUCACGUCAAUGAUACUCAGCAUACUCUCUAUGGGUCUUUAUUUUCUCAUACUUAAACCUCCCACUCAAGACAUAUACACAAAUUAA